AUGGCCGGCCUGGGGCGGCCAGGCCCGGGGCCCCGCGCCGCGCUGCCCGCCUGGAAACGGGAGAUCUUGGAGCGGAAGCGGGCCAAGCUGGCCGCCUUGGGCGCGGGCGCGGCACCCGAGACUGGGGCCGAGGCGGGCGCGGCGGAGACCUCGGAGCCGGCGGCCGAGCGGCUCGUGCUGGCCGAGAGCCUGGGCCCGCUGCGCGAGAACCCGUUCAUGCGGCUCGAAUCGGAGCGGCGGCGCGGGACGCGGCGCGGAGGGGGCGAGGGGCCGGCGGGGGCGCGGCCGGUGCAGCAGUUGCUGGAGCUGUACCGCCGCGUGCCGGGUGUGCGCACCAUCCACGCCGACAACAUCCUCAUCAUCGAGUCGGCACCGGGCUUUCCGCCCGCUGGCCCCGGCCCGGGCCCUGGCCCGGCCGCCCGCAUCCGCGCCGCUGAGGUGCUCGUGUACGAGGCGCCGCCGCCGCCGCCGCCGCCGCCCGGGCGCGUCAGCCGCCUGCUCCAGAAAUUCGACGUUCUGGCCGCGCCGGUCCGCCGCAGGAGCCCGGAGCGCGGACGUACCCCGCCGCCGCAGCCACCGCCUGCUCCCGGCCCCGCUGCCUCGCGCGUGGGUGAGGGCGCCGCCUGCUUCGAGCCUGAGCGCCGUGCUACAGGCCCUGGGGCGCGGCGCAGCGACUUCCUGCAGAAGACCGGCAGCAACUCCUUCACCGUCCACCCUCGGGGCCUGCACCGCAGCGCUGGCCCUCGCCCGCUCCCCAACGAGCCUGCAGCUCCCGAGUCCCAAGCCGGCGCUGCCAACGGCCUCGCGGGCUCUGCGCCGGGGCCGGGCGAGUGGAAGCCAAAGGUGGAGUCGGGGGAGGCCCCCGUCCACCCGCCCCCCAGCCCCGGGAUCCCCAGUGCCACUCCAGCCGCGUCCCUGGCCUUGCCCACAUCCAGCCCUUCCAGUGCCACUCCCAGCCAGCGCCAGUGGGUCUCCGCGGCCUCCAGCGCCAAUGACUCCUUUGAGAUACGGCCGGCCUCCAAGCCAGACAUGGAUAGGAUCCCUGCUGGGGACCUCCAGGCCCGGGCCCUGGCCAGCCUCCGUGUGAACUCGCGAAACUCCUUCCUGUUCAUCCCCAAGCGGAAAGACUCUGGGGCCCCUCCUCCUGAAGGGAGGCAGGGUAGGGGGCUGCCAGAGACAGAGGUUGGCUGGGCCUCCCAAAGCCUGGAGCUCGAAGCCCAGCUGGUGCCUGGGAGGGAUAGCGUGCCUGCCGGAGGGAGGAGCCCCUUGGGGGUGGAGGAGGGGGCCUCCCCCAGGACAGCUACUGCCCUCGUGGACCAAGCUGUUCGGCAGCAGCGGCUGUCCUCACCAUUCCUGUGUGCGCUGGCUGCUGCCGAAGCGAAGCCUGCCCAGGGCCUCGGGGUUCCCAGCUUGGCCAAGAACGGCAGGGAGCCUGGGAGCCCAGGGUUGCCUGUUACCUUCAUUGAUGAGGUGGACUCAGAGGAUGAGGUCCCCCAAGAAGCCAAACUGCACUGCUCCGGAGCUGGUGGGCCUCCUUGGUACCACCCGCACCCCGCUGGGCCUGGGCACCAGUCAGGGCGCCAGCACCGAGGUGGCAACACCUUCACUGUGGUGCCCAAGAGGAAGCCAGGGUCCCUGCAGACCAAUGGGGAGCUCAGGCCACAGGAGGCUGAGGAGGAGGAGGCAGGCAGCUUGUCAGAUCCCCCUGCCGCCCUGGGGCCCACACUGAAGAAGCGCUAUCCCACUGUGCAUGAGAUUGAGGUGAUUGGUGGCUACCUGGCUCUAGAGAAGUCCUGCCUCACCAAGGCUGGCUCCUCGAGAAAGAAGAUGAAGAUCUCCUUCAAUGACAAGCGCCUGCAGACCACGUUUGAGUACCCUCCUGAGAGCUCCCUGGUGCAGGAGGAGGAGGCUGAGGCCCAGGAGGGGGCAGAGGAGGCUGAGGAGGCCGAGGAGGCCGAGGAGACCGAGGAGGCGGAGUCCAGCUCAGAGGGGGUGGUGGAGAAGCCCUUUGCACUCUUCCUGCCCCGAGCCACUUUUGUGAACAGUGUGGGGCCUGAGAGCCCUCAUCUGCCGGAUGGCAGCUCAGGCCUGUCCAGCUACACUCCAAAGCACUCCAUGGCCUUCGGUAAAUGGCAGGGGCAGACGCUGGAGCAGGCUCCAAGUGAGGCGGAGCCCGCACCAAAGGAGGUCAUGCUCACCCCUGCCAGUCAGAACGACCUCUCAGACUUCCGCAGCGAGCCGGCUCUCUAUUUCUGACCGUGGCCCUGCCAGGAUGGCCAAGGCUGAGCCCUGGGAGCCGGGCAGUGCCCAGGAGCCCUGCCCCGUUCUGCAACCCCCUUCUGCCCUGCCAGGCUCUGCCCUGCCAUAUCCCACCCUCCC